UUUUCCCCUACACGCUUUUUCUCGCACUUCAUUUUCUUCUUAUUUUCCUCUGUUCCCGAUGGCCCCCAGAGAGAAGGGAACCGGCGCAGGGAGAUCCGGCGGCAUGGGCGUACCGGCCUCCUGCGACGGCGGCGGGAAGGAGACGCACUUUCGCGGCGUGAGGAAGAGGCCAUGGGGAAGAUACGCGGCGGAGAUUAGGGAUCCGGGGAAGAAGAGCCGGGUCUGGCUUGGUACAUUUGAUACGGCUGAGGAGGCGGCGAGGGCUUAUGAUGCUGCCGCAAGGGAGUUCAGAGGAUCGAAGGCGAAGACCAACUUUCCCUCCGCGGAGAACUACAAGAGUCCUAGUCCGAUCGUCAACAAUGGAGGAGCAGCCGGCAGUCCUUGCAGCCAGAGCAGCACGGUGGAGUCUUCCAUUCGUGAAGCUGUGUCCAUUGUGCCGCCCCUUGCGACCCCUCUUCCUGCUCUCGAUCUCGAUCUCCUUCAUCCUGGCGCGUCGCGCUUCCCGUUCCAGCACUUCACGCCGGCAACCGUCGCGCAGACGGCGACGGUGGCGGUGGCGCAGCCUUUCUUUUUCUUCGAUCCCUUCAUCAGAUCGGAGAAGGCCGGAGCUAUGGCUGCCGCAGUGACUAUCGCAGGCCAUCACCGAAACCAUUUACUUGCUCUGAAACCGGCAAUCGUACCUUCCGAGCCUAACGCCCCGGUGAACUCUGGCGUGCAGAGCGACUCUGAUUCCUCCUCCGUCGUUGAUGUCCACCCUUCACCACCUCCAACACGGCUCCGCUCUCUGAACAUUGACCUUAACCUCCCUCCUCCGCCGGAGAUCAUCUGAUCCUCCGAUUCCAGAUCCAACAGCCGGAAGCUCAACAACUAAGCUCCAAUUUUUCCCCCUUCUUAUUCUAAGAUUAGUACAAAUCCCUCUUCCUGUACGGUUUUUUAUGUCCUCUUCCUUUCCUUGAAAAUUAGUGAAAGCAGAACGCAUCGACGGGAGAAGUUUAGUUUUUUUUUGUAAAUACUUUAACUACAUAUUUUUUUCCGCUGAGAGAUCUGAUGCUAUGGAUCUCCAUCUCAGUGAUGUAAUCCUUCUUUAAUGUUGAUGAAGAAAAAAAUUAUUUGGAUA